AAAAAAUUUGCUUCCAUGCAUGCCAAUAAUCAUCUUGAACAACAUCUCAUCUGUGUGAAAUAUUCUUAUGAAUAGUCCUUGGGAAAUUGAAUAGUUCACUAAUCAAUACAAUUUAUGGGAGAUGCAAGGCAAAAACUCCAAAUUUGGACAAAUAUUCAUGAUUAAAGCUAUUACAUGUGGAUCAAUUUUGAUUACUUUGGGUGUUGGAAUUUUGAUCAAGCUUCCUUUUGGUGCCAAUAAGACUGUGCCAAGUGAUUGCAGGGCUAUGAUUGGACAAGUUGCUAGAGGUGAAAGAACUAAGAAGCCCGUGUUGAAGGCUGGUAAUGCAUACCACAAGUUUAAAGUGAAGAGGAACUACUGGCCCAAGGUUCGUGGUGCACCUCAUGGACAGAAGGUUGCUCUCAUUGCUGCCAAGAGGACUGGUCUUAGGGGACAAGAUGCUGCAAGUGCUGCUAAGGCCGAUAAAUGAAAAGUUUAAGUUUAGAUUGUUUGAACAGAGGAAGGUAGAAUAAGAAAAUGAAUGAGAAAUUUCUGGUGGAUGUUCGAAUAUGAUUUUGUAUACUUUUUGGUAAAUAUGAAAUUUAUUAUGACUUUCAUGAAAUAUGAUUUUUAUGUAUGACUUUAUGGUAUUUGAAAUAUGAAGAAAUGUGAUAACUAAAAUAGGGUGUAAUGUAGCAUAUG